AUGAAAACCAGACAUGACUAUCAUCAAGGCCAUUUAUACCGUAUUAAAGUUGUCGAAUCAGCAACAUGUCCACUGUGUCGACAAGUGUCAUGACUGCUCUGCAUCUACUGACUUGUCCCGGACUACAGGACAUUAGAAACAAAACCAGGACAGCAGGUGAAAUUUACUGGGCUGCCAGUCGUUA